GGCGGCGGCGGUGCCGCGAUGGGGUCCUGGCGCCCGCGGCCCUGAGCCCGCGGCAUGGCCGGCAUCAUCAAGAAGCAGAUCCUGAAGCACCUCUCCCGCUUCACCAAGAAUCUCUCUCCAGACAAAAUCAACCUGAGCACGCUGAAGGGACAGGGGCAGCUGACCAACCUGGAGCUGGAUGAGGAGGUGCUGCAGAAUGUGCUGGAGCUGCCCACCUGGCUGGCUGUCACUCGAGUCUUCUGCAACAAGGCGUCCAUCAGGAUCCAGUGGACAAAGCUGAAGACCCACCCGAUCUGCCUGUACCUGGACAAGGUGGAGGUGGAGAUGCGGACGUGCGAGGAGCCGCGGGCGCCCAACGGACAGUCUCCCAUUGCUCUUGCAGCAGGCCAGAGUGAGUAUGGCUUUGCUGAGAAGGUCGUGGAGGGGAUGUUUAUUGUCGUCAAUUCUAUCACCAUCAAGAUUCACUCCAAGGCCUUUCAUGCUUCCUUUGAGCUCUGGCAGCUCCAAGGCUACAGUGUCAACCCCAGCUGGCAGCAGAGUGACCUGCGACUUACUCGCAUUACUGACCCUCAAAGAGGAGAGGUUUUGACGUUUAAGGAGCUGACCUGGCAGACACUGCGGAUAGAAGCAGAUGCCACUGACAAUGGUGACCAGGAUCCUGUUACUACUCCUCUGAGACUCAUCACCAACCAGGGAAGGAUCCAGAUCUCUCUCAAGAGGAGGACCAAAGACUGCAAUGUGGUGGCAUCUAAGCUGAUGUUUCUCCUUGAUGACCUGCUGUGGGUGCUGACAGACUCUCAGCUGAAAGCAAUGAUGAAAUAUGCAGAGUCUCUGAGUGAAGCCAUGGAGAAGUCUGCCCAGCAGAGGAAAAGCUUGGCACCAGAGUCUGUACAGCUCACACCACCUGCCCCCAGCACCCAGCAGUCCUGGAUGCAGCAGCCAGGGGCCAGUGCCAGCAGCCUGGGGCAGUACUUCGAGAAGCAUGACAUGAGGGAGUCCUCCUACCACCUGCUCAUCUCCCGCCUCGACCUGCACCUCUGCGACGACAGCCACGCACGCGACGCAGGCACUCUGAAGCACGGGAUGCUAGGAGGUGCCAUUCAGCUGACCUUCAGGAGGAUGGCUUUUGACUACUACCCCUUCCACAGAGCAGGAGAUGCCUGCAGACAUUGGGUGAGGUACAGUGAAGCAAUGGAGACAAGGGGGCAGUGGGCAGGGAAGCUGCUCAGUGAGUUUCAAAGCAAGAUUGAGAAGCUCUAUGAGGAAGCAGAGCCUGCGUUUUCCAGGACUCCCCUCUCCCCCUUCAGGAGGAAGCCAGAUCCUUUGUUGAGCCCUCAGAAAGGUGCCCCAGAGAGAGGCUGUGCACCCCCCAGUAGCCUGCCGCGGCUCCACCGCCCUCCCUGGAGCCGCCUCCGCUCCAGCUGCCUGCUGGUUCGAGUGGAUGACCUGGAUGUGCACCAGGUUUCUACAGCUGGGCAGCAAAGCAAGAAACCUUCCACCUUGCUCUCAUGUAGUAGGAAAUUCUUCAAGCUCCCUGAUCAGGUCUCUGCAAUCCAUAUUGAGUUCACAGAGUAUUACUUCCCAGACAAUCGGGACUUUCCAGUUCCCUGCCCAAACCUGUACAUGCAGCUGAAUGGCCUGAUGCUUACCUUGGACACAGCAAGUGUGCUCUGGAUAAACCUCUUCUGUCUGGAUCUGUAUCGCAGCCUGGAGCAGUUCAAAGCCAUCUACAGGCACCUGGAGGACUCGGGCAAGCAGGAUGAGCACCUCGAUGUGCGCCUGGAUGGCUUCCAGCUGAAGCUCAGCAUCCCCGUGGAGAAGAAGGUGGCCGAGCACCGGGACCGUCCGCAGGCACUCUGCAUCUGCACGGCAGAGGUUACUGCCACCAACACUCGCCACGCUCCCUCCUGCAGCUGCCAGGACCUCCAGAGCCUCUUCCGCGAGUUUGCCAGCUCAGAGUUCUUCCACUCUGGCUACAGCAAGUUCCCAAGGGCUCAGGACACCUUCAGCCUGCUCCACACCCUCUUCCUGCGCCACGCCUACGAGGUGCAGGACAGCCCUCGGAAGCCUGCAGGCACUCCCCAGCUUCUGCACAAGGCCUCUGCCUCUGCAGAUCUCUGGUCUGUGUAUUUCACUGAGCUUUCCCUGGACUUCGAGGGGGCUGAGAGCUCCAAGGGCAGAGCCCUGAGCUUUAUUGACCCCUUUCCCCUUUCCCUUUGGGCCUGCCUUCCCAAGAGAUGGGGGCAAGCUCAGAUAGCCAAGCGACAGGAGCUGGCUGCCUCCAAGUUGAAAAUGAAGCCUUCUGCCAGCUUUAGCAAUCACUCCCAGGGUGAGAACCUUUCCAGAGAGCCUGGGGUGUGUCAGAGAUCAAAGACUGACCAGGAUCUGAAGAACAUCUACAAGGUCCCUGAGACAAUGGAUGUCUUGGGAGAAUCUGAGUGUGAAGUUGAUGGGGUGGCCGAGGAGCUGGAAGCUUCUGCUGAUAUCCACGUGCUUGUGUCCUCAGCUGUUCAUCUCAAAGUUCGGCUCAACCACUACCAGUACUUGGUGCUGCUCAGGAUGAAAGAAGUUCUGCAGACACUGCAGGAGCAGCUGGCCCAGGAUACCCAGGAGGUGACUGGAUCUCCUUUAGACCCCAUGUCUGCUUGCAUGGGUGUGGUGUUCCACAGUGUUGAAGUGGCCCUGCUCAUGAACCCAGCACCAGGGCCUGUGCUGGAGCCCAGGUCCCUCGACUCGGACACCACGAGCCUGAUCGAGUCGGAGCUGCCCCCUUCAGACAGCAAGGAGGGGCUGGCAGCUGAAGGGAAGGAGCUGAAGUCAGAGACUGGUUCGGAGAAGGGGCCCUGCAGCCCCUCAGAGGUCUCAGAGAGCAGCAGCAUUGAACAGACAGGUGCCAGUGCCACCAGUGCCCCUCUGGAGAGGCUCCCCAGGUCUGCAAGUGACGGAGCUCUGGGUGCAGCUCCGCACAGUAAGAGCAUGGAGGAGAAAGGUUUGGUAGAGGAAGCACACGAAGCUGUGGAAGCUCUGGUUGCAGAAAGGCCAUCAGAGACCAGCAGCCAUCCUCAGAGCCCUCCCCUCCCUUCUAGCCCCACCUUGGACGUGCAGCCCUCGGGCAGGGGAAGCGUCGCUCUCGACGGGCAGGCAGAGCUCAUCCCUCUGAAGAACAUAGAGGUGGACUUGUCCAGUGCACUGCACAUCACCAAGGACGCCACAAAGGAAGCUCUGCACGUGACCAUGGACCUCACCAAAGAGGCCAUGUCUAUAACAAAGGAUGCUCUGAGCCUGAGCAGGGAGAAGAUGACAUCCACCAUGCAGAAAAUGCUCUCCCUGCCCCCAGCCAAGGACCCUGUGCCCAAGGCAGAGGAAGGAGCAGUGACACCGGGCGGGGGCGGCAGCAGCCGCCUGCGUUUCUUCUCGGUGAGGAGGAGCCCAUCCCAGCACUCCUUCGAGUGGCCCUGGGCGGACGGAAGCAGCGCCGAGGACAGGCUGUCGGUGGACAGCGACGGCAGCGACGGCUUUGUGCUGCUGACAGACUCCGAGUCCAGCCUGGACCCUCUUCCCUCAGGCCAUCUUCCUCAGGUCCCCAGUGACACAGACAGCAGAGCAAGCUUGGUGGGUGAAGAGGAGGGGGCAGUGUCUCCCGAAGUGAGCAGCUCAACUUCUCAGAGUGAAGACCCCAGCCCUCAGUUGGUGUCUGUCCUGGUGCUGAAGAUGAGGGAGGUGAGCUGUGGCAUUGAGGCUCGAGGUGAUGAUUUGUCUGUUGCUGUGCAAGUGAUGAAUGUGACCCCAGAGCAGCUGAGCAACGUCGGCUUGUGGCAGUACCUGCGUGGCUACCUGGCUGCGGGAGGUGCAGGGCCGGAGGCGGCUGCGGCGCCCGAGGCUGGCAGGAGCCAGCCGGCAGUGUGCCUGCGCUUCGAGCUGGGUCCUGCCGCUGCCCUGCGGUCGCCACUCGCCCUCCAGAACGGCUUUCUCCAGCUGCUGCUCCACAACUACACAGCAGAGCUCCUCAUGUCCUUCCUCACCAACCUGGGCCCCUUCCUUGAGGACGAAAUCGUUCCAGAGGUGAUCCCCAUGGAGAUAGAAGUUGUGGAUGCCAAAAUCACGUUGAAGGAUGACAGCCCCCAGCUGUACCCAACCUCCCCUGGCCCUAUUCCUGUCACCCUGGCAGUGGAUCACGUCGUGGUGAGGCGCAGGGACGAUGGAGUCUUCUACCUGACAGCUCCCCAUGGGCAGGGGAAGCAAGAGGAGCCUGUGUCAGCUGCUCAGGAGCAGAAGGCCCCCCUGGAGAGUGUCCCAGCAGCACAAGGACUGCAGUUACAGCAAGUGCCAGAGCUGCAGAGGGAGCUGCAGGCCGUGAGGAUGGCCCUGGCGGAAGCCAACCUGGACAAGGCUCGGCUGCUGCAGGAGGUCAGAAAGUACAACCCCCUCUUCCAGCUCUGACACCGAAGGUGCAGCCUGCAGCUGCUCAGGAGUUGAGACCUCCACCAGCACUACAGCAGCGACUUGCAUUCUGCUGCUGCUGCAUGGACCAACCCCCUGGAGCCUGACGACCUCGCGUGGAGCCUGCGGGGACAGCAGAGGCGCUGGGGGAGGGAGGUCUGGCUGAGUGGCAGGGGCGGAGUGAGGAGGAGCUGCCUGUCUGCAGCCGCUUCCCUCUGUCCUGGCAGUGUGGUGCUGCCUCUGUCACUGAAGCAGGGCAGUGGUCAGCCUGCAGACAAGGCCAGAGGUUGAGGGACACAUCCGUGGGUGGCAGUGACAGCUUUCAGCUUCCGCUGCCAUGGUGACAUCUGGGAGUGGCUCUGGGUUGGGGUUUCUGACUCUCUCAGCCCUGCACCGUUGUUUGUGAGCACUGAGCCUGGGCCUGAGCAUCUUUGAUCAGGGAUGUUGGGCUGUGGGUCAGAAAGUGCUGAUCAGAGUGGAGGGGACACUUGACUGCUCUCCAGGGGGUAGCUGCUGGCUUGAGCAUGGUUUCUCCUCCUGCCUUUGCUGGAGCUGCUUCCUUGAAGAGGAAGGAGGCUCUGACUGGGCUGAUAAAGGAGUGUGGAGAGCAAGGGGGAGCCUCCAGUAGUGAUGAGGUAAAAAUUAACUAAAAGGAAAUGGAAUUUCUGAAGUGCAGGGUCAGAGCCACUGCUGGAGCCAGGCUGGCAGAUGGGCACUGGGGCUGUGCUCUCCUGGGCAAGGUGCUGCAGGAGGAAGAAGCUGUGAUGGAGUCUGUUGCAGAGCAGAGCUUGCUUUGUGCUCUGACCCAGGGGUGACUGUCAGCCCCCUCUGAUACAGGUGAGCACAGGUCCCCACCUGUCACAAGCAGCAUCUUUGCUGCCUGCAGCUGCUUGGAUUUUUUGGUAUUCUAGGCCUGAAUCUGGGUUCAUGCAGCUCUUUGGUGCUGGUGUCAACGUGCUGCUGCCAGGGGGCAGCUGCCAGGCUGUGCUGGGUGCAGUGGCAGGCUGUGUCUGGGUGGUGCCAGCAUCACUGGUCUCAAGGCCAGACAGUCCCUGCUGCCUGCUUCAGCUGAGCACACUCCCAAAACUUCACUGGGCAGGGGUUUUCUGGGUGUUUUGGUUCUUCUCUCCCUGGCAGCAUCCCCCCUAGAGCUGUAGCUAAGGUAACCCAAGGUCUGACUCUGCCAUGCGAGGAGCUGAGCCCUGGAAAUGCCACAGAGACCUUGGGAGUUAGGUUUGGUUUUCUUGCUGUGCUCUUCUACCCUUGUCCCUGCCCAGAUGUGGAGCUGUUGAAUGCUUCCUGAGCUCAGUUCUGCUCUGGGGCAGUGGGGACAUCCUUCCAGUACCAGGCCAUGUGUGGGGGCACUGCUUUUGCCCAGCACAGCCUCUGAUGGGACAGGUUUGUGGUGCUGUGCUAGGAGCUGACCUUGGGCAGCCAGCCAGGCCUGGCCCCAGAACAGAAUACUCAGUGCCAGAGUGGCUUCACCACUGCUGCCUUGGGUGUGGAGCUCUGCAGCAGGAGCUUCUGAGCUGCCAUCUGCAGUGACCUGCUCUUGCUGGGAGCAGCUAAGGAGCAAGAGGCAGCACAGCAGCCUCCUCCCUAGGCACAAAUCUCCCUCUGAACAGCUUACAAAGAACCACAACAGCACCCACAAAGCCCACAGCAGCAAAACUGAGUUUGUAGCCCUCUCUUUGUGCUCCUGUGCUUGCUCCCACAGUGUGGAGUCAGGAGUGCUGCUUGCCUUAGGCAGGGGCCGGGCUGUUCUUCACUGUUAAGCACUGGAUAGAUGGAACUGGGGAGGGGUCUUUGUUCUUCUGCAGGUGUGUCCUGAACGGUGUCCAGCUUCAUCUCAGCCAGCUUGGGAAGCGAGUGGAGGGAUGGAGUGGUCUGGGCUGUGGAGCUGUCACCUCCUGCCUGCUCCCUCCACAGCUGCAGCCUGAGCAGGGCUGGCUUGUUUGCAGCCCAUUUCUUGCUCCAGCAGCUGCAGCCAGCUGGUUCGGGUUGGGAAUCGAAGCCCUCCUGUGGUUUUGUUCUGAAGUGCUGCGGGCACGGCCCAGGGCCGUCCUGCCGGCCACAGAGCUGCCCCAGCACCCCAGCAGAGUUUACUCCAUAGAGCCUUUUCUUUAAGGUCUUUGCAUUGUGAUGAGAGCCAAACUCAUCCUUGGUGCAUCCACCCCAGCUCGACCCUGGGAGAGCAUCUGGCCUCAGCCUCUCCUAGAUGGAAGGUGCUGACGGGGCCCUGCUCUGCAUGCAGCUGAGUGGCCUGGAGCUGGGGACAGCACUGGAAGCUGUUGCAGUUUUGUUUCCACUCCUGCAGUUAUUGGUUCUGUGAACCAUGACAAGAAAUUAAACUGUUAACCUCC